ACGCUCUGUAUCUGCUGCAUCAUGCCGGGGCCGAGUGGACGGUGGAUCACCUUGAUACCAGACCCCCCACAGUCUGUGCACACGCUCUGUAUCUGCUGUAUCAUGCCGGGGCCGAGUGGACGGUGGGUCACCUUGAUACCAGACCCCCCACAGUCUGUGCACAUGUCAUGCAUGGCUGGAUUCUAACGUAAUUGCAUCGUCGAUUGUCGUCAACUGUUGAAUGUUGUUUAGUUCUCAGGAGCUCAAAGAGGAUAGUGUCAUCUCCAUGGAUACUGGAGAGUGGUGGUGACGGAGGAUGCUCCCACUCAACAAACACAUCUCCUCUACACAAUGAUAAAUACACACACUGUCAUGAGCAAUCUUUACACAUUGUACGACAUGCUCUGCAACUAGACUAGACCUAGACCUAUAAUAUUGCCCAUUGACAGGCCUAUGGGUAUAAGCUGUAUGUGCAAUAUUCCUAGUAUUCCUAGUUACACUCACCUACUCCUGCAGCGCUAGACAACCUUCAGAUCUCUACACCUCCUCCAGCCAUUUUGGGAGUGGGCUCCUCAUAACCUUUGCAAUAGUGGGGGCGUGGCUGGUAUGCAAGAUCAACAGAACUCCAACAACAAUAGCAGCUCUCUGAUAUCUCUGAGGGAGUGUUCUACUGUCCAUGACUUGUAAUGGAUGCUCCAGUUGAACCAUCACCUCGUAUGGGUCAAUUCUCUGCAGUUGACGGACACCAUUACAUGUACGUGGAGGGGGCUUGGUCCAGGACUAGGGUCUAACAUCAUUGCUGUGUAUGAUCCAAGCACUGAGCUGUGGAGCUUCUUGCCCACCACUGGACCUCUACCCCCUGGAGAGGCAGGUGGUUGCUCUGUUUGUGUAGGUUGUUGCCUGUACACCUUUGGUGGUAGUGAUGAGUCUUCUUACUUCAAUGACAUGAGCAAGCUUGAUCUGGACACUCUCCAGUGGACCAACGUUCAAACCUCUGGUAGUCAGCCUAUGAAAAAAGCUUUCAGUGGACUUGUCCGUGUGAAUGAGAGAACUCUGUGCUGCUUUGGAGGAGAAGGUAUUGAGGGCCCCACACAACCAGGAUCAACAUUCACCAAGACUGGACGGUCUGAUGGAAGUGGAAGGACAAACGAGUUCCAUUUCUUUGACACACAAAAUGGUGUCUGGUUGUCCCCUGAGCUCAGAGGAGAGAGACCUCCUCCCUGUUGUGCCUUCACCUUCACUAUGGUGGACCAGCACAAGGCAGUCCUCUUUGGAGGGAACCAAUCUGGCCGUGGUGAGGUCAAUGAAGUCUACCUGUUCAAUUUCAGGACCAUGGAAGUCACUAAGGUGAAGCCAGUACAGGGAGAGCCAUGGCCAGUGGAGAGGUCAGUCCAUGCUGCCUGUUGUCUCAACUAUGGCCAGGACCACCCUCAACUACUGGUGUACGGAGGAGUGGAUAAUGGCAACAAGAUACUGGGGGACUUGUGGAUACUGGAUGUAGACACUGUCAAGUGGACAGAGGUGACACCUCCUGAGUCAAUGACACCACGUUGCUUCCACUCCAUCACUGCCACCAGUCUGGGACCAGGACUCACUGAGGUCCUCGUGUUUGGAGGCAAUUUGGAGAAUGAUAAGAUAGUUGCUGAGACCACCAUACUGAGAUUUGAGUUGACUGGACCCUCAGCGUCUGUUGCUGGACCCUCGGCUGGGAAGUGGGCUCUCGUGGAUGUGGCCCACAACGACACUAGAGGCUCCGCCCAGCGACUGAGUGAGAAGAGGAUCAGACAAGCAACUGCUCGUGCCUCAUCAGUCAGUGAGACCAGCGACCACUCCUCUCAAGACCGGGUGAGGGCUCUGGAACAACAGUUACGAGCAGCAGAGCAGAGAGAGCACGACACUCAACGUCACCACCAACUACAGUUGCAAGAGAAAGAUCGAGAAUUAGCUACACAAGCUAGAGAAUUAACCGAGGCCAACCGUCGUCAUGGAGAUGCUGAGGAAAGAGCACGGCUGGCAGAGCAAAGAGAGCAAGCUACACAAUUACUUUUACAAGUGAAAGAUUGUGAAUUGGCUGAGGCCAACAGAAGAGAAGCUGACCUGUCUGCUCGAAUCACAGCUCUAGAGAGAGAGUUAGAAGGCAAGACGAAAGAGUUGGCAGCACACAACACAGAGGUGUGGAGGAUUCCGGCCAACAGAGUGAUCAUUGGCAGGAGGAUUGGCAAAGGAGGGUGAGGGGAGGUGCUGGAGGGAACCGUGAGCGUGGCUGUCAAGCAACUACACGAAGAAAUUGCUCUCCCAAUCUACAUCGAGAAAAUGGAGAGAGAAAUGUAGCUAUUGGCUGAAGUGCGACACCCAAACCUUGUGCAAUUCAUUGGUGCUAUUUUUGAUAAGCCAAACCAAGCCAAUCGAUCCCCUCCUCUCAUCAUCACCGAGCUUUUGGACAUGAAUCUCCGACAAGCGUACGAGAGGAAUCAACUGGACCCAGGAAAUCGUCUCUCGAUCUUCAUGGACAUUGCCCUAGCUCUGAACUACCUGCACCAGCGCUACGAUCCCAUCAUCCACCGUGAUGUGAGUGCUCCCAACGUCCUCCUUCAGCGAAUGCCCAACCACCAGUGGAAGGGGAAGGUCUCUGACCUGGGCUCAGCCAACUUCCUGCAGCAUGCUCAUACGAUGGGAGAGGGGGCCAUAAUCUACUCCCCUCCUGAAGUCAUCCCUCAAGCCUUUGAUCCUCUCACUCCACCUCUGAGACAGUCUGUCAAGAUCGAUGUGUACAGCUACGGCAUUGUCCUCUGUGAGGUGACCGCUAGUCGAUUCCCAAGUGCUGAACAUUAUCGAGACAUGAUUCUCCAAGUACAGAGGCAGCGUCCUGCAGUGUACGAGCUGAUACUCCACUGCACUAAGAGAGAGCCCAGCCAUCGACCCAGCAUGGCACAGGUGAUGGUGGAACUGAACAAAAUAGCACCCUUUUAACUAUGAACAAUGUGAACACUUGUCUAUCUAGCACCGUCUUUGUAUUGAAUAUUGAUUUUAAUUACUUUAUGAUUUUUAUUUAUAGCUUUGGCUUUUGUAGUGUGUGUUUGCACUCUCCUAUUAUGAUGAUUACUAUUGACUUUAUCUCA